GUGCUAGCAUUUCUCGUCUUUACGCGACAACAUCGAUACACUGCAGAGUCCAGAGUUCCGGUCAGGAACUUCUAGACUCCAGAGAGAACGAUCGAUAUUCGACAGUAAAAUUUCAACAAUCUUAAGAGUUAAGACCGGGAGACAUACAGUGUAAUCUCCGAGUCUCACACAGAAAGAGUUGGUAUGGGGUUUUUGAGACUAGUAGCCCCGAAGGCUCUGCGUGCGCCUUCCAUCUUCAAUGGCUUGCCCAGCGGUUUCCCGCGCAAUGAAACAGUCAGCAUUCGCGCGUACUCUGCUACUAUGUCUCCACCUUCGAAGGCCGUUGUCUAUGAACAGCACGGGUCACCUGACCAGGUUACCAGGCUUAUUAACCUUCCCCCAGUGGAGCUUAAGGACAAUGAUGUAUGUGUCAGAAUGCUUGCAGCUCCAAUAAAUCCUUCAGAUAUCAAUCGGAUAGAAGGUGUUUACCCUGUGAGGCCUCCAUUGCCUGCAAUUGGAGGAUAUGAAGGAGUAGGGGAAGUACAUUCUUUGGGAUCUGCAGUAAGGGGUCUCUCCCCUGGUGACUGGGUCAUCCCAUCUCCUCCAUCUUUUGGGACAUGGCAGACUUACAUAGUGAAAGAGGAAAAUGCAUGGCACAAAAUUAGUAAAGACAUACCUAUGGAGUAUGCUGCUACAGUAACUGUAAAUCCUUUGACGGCUUUACGCAUGCUUGAAGACUUUACUGAGCUGAAGCCAGGAGAUUGUAUUGUGCAAAAUGGUGCUACAAGUAUGGUGGGGCAGUGCAUUAUUCAGCUCGCACGAAUCCGAGGCACCCAUAGCAUUAAUGUCAUCAGAGACAGGGCUGGUUCAGAAGAAGUUAAAGACAGACUCAAGGAACUUGGGGCAGAUGAAGUAUAUACCGAGAGUCAGUUAGAAAUGAAGAAUGUCAAGAGUCUCCUGGGUAAUCUACCUGAACCUGCCUUGGGAUUCAACUGUGUUGGUGGAAAUUCUGCUUCUUUAGUCCUCAAAUUCUUAAGGCAAGGAGGAACCAUGGUAACAUAUGGUGGAAUGUCUAAGAAACCUGUCACAGUAUCAACUUCCUCUUUCAUUUUCAAGGAUCUUUCCUUGCGUGGGUUUUGGUUGCAGAAAUGGAUGGGUUCUGAAAGAGCAAAAGAUUGCAGAGUUAUGAUAGAUUAUCUUUUGGACCUAGUGCACAAGGGAAAAUUCAAAUACGAGAUGGAGCUAGUACCAUUUGAUGAUUUCCAUGUGGCACUGGAUAAGGCACUUGGAAAACUAGGAAGCCACUCUAAACAAGUUCUUAGAUUCUAAAUGGGGAGGCAGGCAGAGAACUUCAUGUUUCUUGUUUUCUGUAGAUAUUUGGAGAAACAAAGUUGAUGCAGAUAUAAAAUGCUAAAUGCUUUCUUAUUUCUUUUUUUCUUUUCCUUUUUUCCUGAGAUUUGCUCUUUGAGAAACAAAGUGUUCAUUAUGUUCCAGAUUUCUACAUACAUCAAUUGGCAGGCGUCAGACUGCAGAACGCUAAGCGUGCAAGUGCAUGCCAAACUAUCA